AUUCUAGCCAAUAAGUUCACGAGAAAACUGGGCUUGCAGGGGGCGUGCCAUGGGUUGACACGACAUGACGGGAAUGCGCGAUCUUGCGCGAUGUUUUUGUCAAGAGGACAAGCGCUGUUUACAUCGAGACAACAACACAGACCGGCGGGAAGGAAACGAGUGAACUUGGCCCUUCCCGCCCUUAAAAUCGAACAAUUUUUAUGCAGAAAUAUUAACUAAUAUCAAGAAAAAGCUAUGACCGAGUCAAAUUUCAAUCUCACGUUUUCUGGUUGUGGUUUUCUGGGCAUUUAUCAUCUGGGAGUUGUUUCUUGUAUGAAAGACAACGCACCAUCGUUUUUAGCGAAAGUGAAAUGCUUUGGUGGGGCUAGUGCCGGCUCCUUUGCCUCUACGGCACUAUUAAUGGACUUGAACAUAGCAGAAAGCUCCGAGUUUGUUCUCAGACUUGCGAAAAGGGCAAGAACUCUAACUUUGGGGCCACUACACCCCAAUUUUCGCAUACUACAAACACUUCGUCGAUCGUUUGAGAAGAUUCUUCCCGAAAACGCUCACGAAUUGGCGAGUGGCAGGCUUCACAUAUCACUCACAAGGGUUUCUGACUUUACGAACUUGAUUGUUUCAGAGUUUCAUUCAAAGGAAGAUCUUAUAGAGGCAUUGAUGGCCUCAUCUCAUGUUCCCUUCUACUCUGGUAUAUUACCUGCCAAGUUUAGAGGUACCUACUACAUUGAUGGUGGUCUAUCAGACAACUUGCCGCAGCACUUUACGGAGGGCGAAACCAUCACAGUUUCUCCAUUCAGUGGAGAAAGUGACAUUUGUCCCAAUGACGGCUCUCCAAAUUUUGCUCAUUUUGACAUCCGGAACACAAGUGUGCAGUUUACGCUGCAAAACCUUUACCGGUGCUCCAGAGCCUUCUUCCCUCCGGAGGCAGAGGUGCUAGUUGAGAUGUGCAAACAGGGCUACCGCGACACGAUGAGAUUCUUGCAAACACACUAUCCUGAGACACUUACUAAGGAAUCAAGACGGAAAACCAUAUCCUGUAGUAUGCCAGGCCUACCCCCGAGUGGUCUAGACCAGACUAAUAACCAACCAGCUGAGCUCCAGCGCCGACUUAGCUCAAGCUCCCUCUCAGCUUACAGCACAUGCAGUGGGGGGGAGGCUGAGGUUUUCCUGGCCACAGACAGCGCAAAUGAUGCAGAUGACGAAGUCGAUGAGAAUGAGUCCAGGCUUGUCAUGUUACUGCAUGCGACAAGUGAUGCCGUCACAGAAGCAGAACUGUGGUCUUGUUACUUCAUCCGUCGGGUCAUGGUUGUAUUCAAACUAGCUGCUCAACCCUGUGUGUUCACGAUGAAGCAAAUCACACACAUGGUACAUAUAAUUGUUGAGUCCUUGCCGAUGAUAGAGAAGACAGGACUUGCGUUCCUUGACCAACUGCUUGCCAUGAUCUACAUGGUGGUGCACACGUACAAGGAUAAGCAUGAAGUCCAAUGCAGGGGUAGAGGAAUGGUCCCAUCUCCUAAACGAAGAAGGAUGCACCAGAUGCCCUACAACAGUUCAUUACCAUCUAUUAAAAAAGAUGAAACUGAUCUGAGAAGGAUCAACUCCAACCAGACCACAACAUCUUUUGCAACUUGCAACACAUCACUGCACUCCUCCUCCAGUGACAUCACAUCAUCAGAUGACAGCGACAUCGAGAUUAUCCAUGACAGGAACUUCAGUAGCACGGAAUCCUUUGUGUGGUGCAGCCGAGACUUUCCCAUGCUGGCAAGCGUCACCUCUGUCCACGACAGCCCAGAUGAGCUACAGCAUGAACUAGGCCAGUGGGAAUCUGAGGGCGGGGCCUGUCACUUGGGCUGUCACUCAAAUGAUGUGUCAGAUGAGUACGUGGUGCUUGAUGGGUAUGAGUCAGAUAUCGAGUCAGACUACGAAACCUCACUCGAACUCGAACUUGCAUGAUAAUGUGAGCUGAUCUAGAUCUUGGAAUCUGUAAAUACCUCAUCUAAAUAUUUUAAACAAACAAAAUAUUACUGAUGGAAAGGGAGUGGAAAGUGUUAUAAGAAUUAGUAAUUUCAGAAACUUUUAUGGGAGUUUCUGGCAAAAAAGAUGGUCAGUUAUAGUCAAUGGUUAGUUAUUUUUAAAGAAAAAUAUUUAGAUCUUAUAAACAUAUUUGAAAUCGUCAUGAUAGCAAAAUAUUGUAGAUAAUUACAAUGAAGACGAUUUGAUGAAUGACUAAUUUCAAUAUUUUACUUUUGACUCUCUUUUCAGUAUUUUUAUACGUUUACGUACGCCAUAUGGUGUGUAAUCGGUCAAUGAGGGGUGGUUCUUUUGCCACCAAAAAAUUGUACAUUUAUAUAAAAAAACAUUUGUAAGAUAUCGAGUAUUGCGAGGGGCACCGCAAAAUAUAUAAAUAAACUAUCCACUUAUCAUGGUGGUUGGGAAUGAAUAAAAUAUUUGAUAUC